AUGACUAAAGCAAUAGGCACCAGGUGGACACACAGUCUGAGUAGGCAAGCAAAGAAUAUUGCCACCGCCAUCUUUGUACUAUUUACGGUAAAUCUUGUAUACGGUAAUUAUAGUACCUACGGUGUGGGUGUACGCUCAUCGAGCUUGCUAGAGCUAUCUCGACGGACAGGUCUACCGGUGUCUGGCGACACAUAUGACGAUCGAUCUGCAUCGCAAGAUGACGUUCUGUUCUCCUUUGCCGGGCACAGUUCCUAUCUGCCUGCCCAGCUGUUGCAAAAGCACGCAUCAGAAUUUAAUACCUCCGAAUAG